AUAAUGUCAUUCGCAGUUAGUUUGUCGUUGCGUUCACUUGUAUCUUUUGUAGUGUUUGGCUUCUAUUGCCAUCGAUGUGGAAAUAUUACGGAAACAUCCUGUAUUAAGAUAACAAGUUUUGGAGAAGAAAACUUGAAAAAAGUUACUAUGGAAAACAAUACUAGUGAUAACUUGUUUGCGAUAUCAUACCCUUCGCCAAAAAAUAGUCAAAGAAAUAGCUGCAAUGGGACAACUUCACCAGAGCCCACCGAUCAACAGAACAGACCCGAAUGGUCUAACAAGCUCGAGUUCCUUAUGUCCUGCAUCUCCAUGUCAGUUGGGCUAGGCAAUGUAUGGCGUUUUCCGUUCACCGCGUAUGAAAAUGGGGGUGGAGCAUUUUUAAUUCCCUACAUCAUCGUGUUGUUUGUCAUCGGACGUCCAUUGUAUUAUCUGGAAAUGAUUUUGGGCCAGUUCACCAGCCGAAGUUCGGUCAAAAUUUGGGAAAUUUCGCCAUUAUUUCGCGGUAUCGGCGUUGGACAGCUCGUCGGAACGACUUCCGUGGUCACCUACUAUGUUUCGUUGAUUGCAAUCACUCUUUCAUAUAUGUUUGCAUCUUUUGCCUCCGAACUGCCUUGGGCAAAGUGUGAAGAAUCCUGGGGUGAACAUUGCGUUGAUUCGUCUGCUAUAAUCGCUCAUGCUGGCAAUAGGAACAGAACGGAUGAACAAGCGGUUAGCAGUUCCCAAAUCUACUUUUUAGACGUUGUUCUGAAAGAAAAGUCCCAAAUUUACGAUGGCAUUGGUUCUCCCGAUUGGAAGCUUUCUCUCUGGCUGUUGUUAGCUUGGGCGGUGAUAUUUCUCAUCCUCGUGCGGGGCGUUCGAAGUUCUGGAAAAGCUGCCUACUUUCUGGCAAUUUUUCCCUACGUCGUCCUGCUGAUCAUCUUGAUUCGGGCACUUACCCUGGAAGGUGCCAUCGAUGGUGUAAUAUUCUUCGUCAAACCACAAUGGGGCGAACUGCUUAAUCCGAAGGUGUGGAAGGAAGCAGUUGCGCAAUGCUUCUUUUCACUAGCAGUAGGAAUGGGACCAAUUGUUAUGUUUUCAUCUUUUAAUAAUUUCAAACACAAUUGCCACAGAGAUGCAAUGAUCGUGACAACAUUAGAUACAUUUACUAGUCUACUGGGCGGCAUGACAAUUUUUAGCAUUCUGGGAAAUUUGGCCCACAAUCUAGGAGUGGAUGACAUUUCGAAGGUGGUUAAAAGUGGAACCGGGCUGGCGUUUAUUUCGUACCCCGAUGCAAUCGCCAAGUUUGAUGUCGUUCCGCAGCUAUUUUCCGUUCUUUUCUUUUUUAUGCUGUUUGUCCUCGGUGUUGGUUCAGCGGUAGCUUUACACAGUGCCAUAAUAACGGCCGUUUGGGACGCUUUCCCCAAGCUAAAGUAUUGGCAAGUUGCUCUUGGACUGUCGAUAAUCGGCUACUUUUGCGGCUUGGUGUACGUAACUCCGGGUGGCCAGUGGAUUCUGGACAUUGUAGAUCACUAUGGUGGAACGACGCUGAUAUUCGUAAUGGCCAUUAUUGAGAGUAUGGCAAUUCCGUGGAUAUACGGCUUGGAAAAUCUUUGCCAAGAUGUCGAAUAUAUGGUUCAACGAAGGGUUGGCCUUUAUUGGCGACUUUGUUGGGGACUGAUCACUCCGGUUUUCAUGAUUGCAGUGUUUAUUUAUUCAAUGGUCAAAUACCAGUGGCCCACCUAUGCUGGCAAUGAAUAUCCCGAUGAAGCACUGAUUGGUGGCCUUGUUGUGCUAGUAUUUGGCAUAAGCCAGUUGAUUAUUUGGGCUCUUUGGACUAUUUCAAGAGACCCUACCGAAGUUUCUCUGUGGGCUAAGGUUAAGAAAGCAACCAAAUAUAGCUCUGAAUGGGGACCAAACUCAAUCGCGACAAAGAAAGCGUGGCUGAAGUACAAAGAAGAAGCAAAAACGAGACGUGAAGGAAUAAUGAUCGCCAAAGGACACUCAUAUCUAAGGUCGAAAUUGUACAUUCUGUUGGGACUUUACGACGACUUUAUACCACUUGAUGAUGGCAAUUCUAAAUUGUAAUUUAUGUCUGAAGAUGUCUGUAGAAUACCGACAUUUAAAAAUGUUAUUUUUUUAUAAUAAAGAGA